UCAAGGCCGUGAAAUAGAUCGAACCACAAUUGAGAAAAAAGAUCGAAAUACUUAAUUACGAUAAUUAUGAGCAUUUCAAAGCAGAUUAGCAUAGCAUUUGUGGUUGCCGCCAUUGCUAUUAUUCCUUUAUUAGCAUCUGCGUGCAUUUCAUUAGACGCAGCCGAUGUGGCCGACAAUUAUCCGAUAGGAGAUUACGAUGAAAACCUUGUACGGACAAUGCGCCAGUGCAUUAAGGAUGCGUUGACUCAGCGCGAUGGUGAUUGCGUUGACGAUAUGGAUGCUAUCAAAGAAUAUUGCAUAACAUAUAGGAAAUUAAUCUGUGAUAAAUUUAUGAAAUAUGAUGAUGCUAUAAAAGCGAAAUGCUAAUCUUCAAAAUGUUUGUUUUAAUUUGUCGAUCUUCUUAUGAUAUAGGAUGAUCUUAUGUAUCACAGUUUG